CUGGCCCGGGUCGCAAAUUGAUUCGGCGCAUUCUCCCUCCCCGCUCGUUUGCUCGCUCGUUCUGGGUCCCGACCCAUCGACCAGGUAGCCGUUCUCCGGCUCUGUGGCGCCUCUAAACGCUAUCUUCACGGACCUGUACAACGCUCGUUUGGUGCCGCGGGCACAUUCUAAGUCACAACCAUGGCGGCAGUUCCCUCCGUGCCGCACGAUGUCGGCAAGAUGUCGUUUGCCAGGAUCGCUGCCGCAUCGCCCAGCAAGGGCUCCAAGCCCGCUGCCACCGCCCCUGUUGCCAGAACUCCCAACUCGGUGCCUGUUCAGGAAAGGAGAGAGGACCCGGGCUCUGCCGCUGCGGUCUCCUCUGCCGCUGCCCCUACCACCGUGCCGGCAAACGCUUCGGCCGGCUCUGAGUCCCCUCGCGAUGUGCAGCAGACGACGAAUUCGGAGCAAGUCGCCGACGCCAAGGUCACCACGGAGCUGAAAGACCUCAAGUUGGAGACGCAGCCGCCGCCCAACCUGGUGGUCAAUGGGUCGCUCGCUGGCAUGGCGGAGAGGUCGGCCAAGGCGGGCAACAGUCAAACGCCUUCGGACGACACCUCACAGCGGGCCGAUUCCAGCUCGGAGUUAGGCACCAAGCCGCCCAGCUUGGACGGCAAGAGCAUCACCUCGGGCACAACCUUCGCCUUGGACGAGAAGGAAUCUCUGCGCCCGGACGAUAGUGCCAGCGUCAAGGCCGCUGCUGAGGACGAUGACUCGUUCUCAAUUCGUGGUUCAUACAUUGCCGGCUCUCGCAUGGGUUCCGAUCUUGCGGCUCGCAUGCACCGUAUCCAGAUCGGAGAUAUGCCGCCUCGAGCUCUUCCCGUCCAUCAUCUUCCGGCCGGAAACAAGAGCCAGGGUGUAGGAACACCGCAGAGCGGCAUCUCGGACAAGCAGACACCUGCAGACUCCAAGGCGGCCUUGGGUGGCGGCACCGCGACCCCGGACGGCUUGGCGCCAAACGCCUUCUACAGUCAGAACCCGGAUGAGAAACUCCUCGAGGCCAUGCAGUCUCCUAAAGACCGCAUAUUUCUGCUGAGGCUGGAGCAGCAAGUCAUUGAAUUCGUCCAGGACUCAAAGGAGCCGUAUAUGGACUUGCCUCCCAGCAACUCGUUCUGCAGAAUGCUGACGCACAGACUUGCCGACUAUUACCACAUGACGCACUCUUAUGAGGCAGCGGCCGGAGCGGUGCGCAUAUUCAGAACCCCUUUCUGUAGGAUCCCCCCGCCGCUGUCGAGUAUCGCGGCAACCACGUCGAACAGCAGUUCACCUGCCCCGGUCGUCAUGCCGCGGAAGAUCAUGCGACGUGGGGAGGAUGGAGAGUUAGGCACCGCGAGUGCAGGCCCUUCCAAGCCGACCUCGGAAGCCGGCAGCGACUCGAAAGAGAAAGCUGCCCCAGCCAAGGAGAAACUCACCAGAGAAGAGCGCGAGGAAGCAUACAAUAAGGCUCGGCAGCGGAUUUUCGGAAGUGUGGAGAAGACGGACAGCUCGAACCAGGACGGCGAAGACGGGAAUGGGGGGUCCCGGGCUAGUUCGGUGUCGGCUAAGGACAAGACAAACGGCGGCAAGAGGAAGACGAACAAGCAGCGUCGCGAUGACUCGGAAAGCUUCGAAUCCCGUUCUCAAUAUGUCGCCUGGUGCGGUCCCCAGCAUCCGACCUGGGGCCCCGCCGCGCCCCAGUACUACCCGGUCAGCGCAGCUCCGUUCAACACGCAGUUUCAACAGCCAUAUCCCAAUGCACCGCAGCCCAUGUAUGCGCCUGGCCAGCCAUAUGCGCCCCAGAUGAUGCCCAACAAUGGGUUCGCUCCUCCAUACGGCGGGGUGCCAACCUAUCCAACGCCGCCAAUGCCGCAAGCCGUGCCGCAGGCUGUACCUCCUCCACCGCAGCAGGGCUACCGGGCUCCUAAUCCUCCCUUGGGUGGGCCGUACGGAAGUCCCGUGCCAAACAUGGCCCAGCCCACUUGGCCGCCGCAACAAGGCUUCGGCCAAACCGCGUACCCGCCGCGGGCGUCCCCGGUGCCGCCUGCCGGAAUACCGUACGCCUAUGGACAGUUGCCCGCGAAUGCCAAUCCGAACGACCCCAAGAGCCAACACCCCAUCCCCGGGAGCUACAACCGUCAAGCGUUCAAUCCCAAGACGCAGUCGUUCGUCCCGGCCAACGGGCUUCCAAUGCAACCUCCUCCUCCUCCGCCUCCGCCGGCGGCUGGGCCUUACGGGGGCUCGAGCCCUCGGCAUGGCAGCCCACAGUUCCAACCGCCGCACAUGGGCUACGGCGGGUUCCAGCAACAGCCGAUGCCGCAGCCGGGCUAUGGGCCCGCACCGGGGCCGUACGGUAUGACGAGACAGGGUUCCAACAACUCAAUGCCGCCGUACCACGCUGUGCAGGCGCCUCCGCACGUGCCGCCGCCUCACGGGCCGCCGCAGCAUCUACCGCCGACCGGGCCCAUGCACAUGCCGAACAAGCCCGGCGGGCCCUCGGGGCCGGGCCAGACGUUCAGCCACCUUCCCAACUACGGCAACCCGGCCACGUUGCCGCAGAAGCCUUCUACUUAGAAGUUUGAGAGCAUCAAAG